CUACCCCAAUUGACACCGGACAGAUAUAACUCUUUUCAGCAAGUUGAAGAGGCUAUUGCAGUCAUUGCUGAAUUAUAUGAAACAAAUGCUAGGGGUCCAAUGGCGACGCAGAUAAAGAAGGAGUUAUUUGAGGCCUGUGAAGAGUUUUAUUUUGAUAACAUUAGGUGGUUAAGACAAUUGCCAGGUUUUAAAACACCGGAAAUGACCCAGAAUAGAAAACGGCAGUAUGAGGCAUUUCAGAUUGCAUUAGUUGAAAAGGAACGUGCACUAGAAACAGAAAAAAUAAUAUUACAGAAGCAAGAAGAAAUAGAGAAAGCUAGACAGUUGUACGAGUCUGCAAAAGACAGGGAGAUUGGACAUUUACACAACGAACUGAGAAAUAUGAAAACCGACCUUGAUGAGCAGGCCGAAAACUUUAAAAAGGCUAAAGAGGAAAACGAAAGACAGGAAAUCGCACUUCGUGAAAGAGAACUAAGACGAGAAGAAGAAGCCCUGCGUAGAACAGAGGAAGAAAGCAGUAACAAGUUGGAUGCAAUAUUAAAGAAUCAAAGUUCGUAAAUGUUACUUCCUAUUUAUCAUAUUUAGUGUUUUAAGAAAAACGUAUAUCAUACGUAUUUUGUAUUUUAUCUUUCAGUUGACUUGCAAAAUGAGGUGUUGCAGUUGAAACGAGAUAAUGCGAGGAUGGAAGAACAACACAUGAAAAAAAUAGAAAGUCUUUCAGUCAGUCGUGCUGAGAAAGAAGAAAUGG